ACUUUUUCCUGUUAACAUAUAAACAGAGUAUUUAAGUUAUUCUUAAACGAGUGGUUAAUAUAACGUCUUAUUAUUUUUUUACAUAAUUAUACAUCUUAUCAGUGAAUUUACGUCAUCCACCAAAAAGUCAAUUGCUUUUUUCAUGUACAUACAAAUUUCUACCUAUUUUCAAAUAAUAAUCAUUCUUUGUUCAACGUUCUAAUCAAAUAAAAAAUAUAUAUUUAUACCAUCGAUAUUAAACACAAAAGAGGUUAACGAGAAAACACGUAUUCUCAUCAUCAUUAUUCUAUAAAAUCUUUACGUAUAAACAGCUGUAGUGUCCUACUUUUUCCGUAAGAAUACUAGCGCCACCUAUCAUGUCAUUCUUAUAUUCCGCAGUUAUUGAAAAACUUAGAAAUUUUCGAGUUGUUUUAAAUGAUUAUUCCGAAUUUUUCGAUCGUUUAACAUGUUUCGUGCCGUGUGGAGCAUAUGUGCCCCACACUGAAUUUUCCGUUCAAGCCAUUCGAAAUUCUCAUUGUAAAAAGAAUUUUUAAAAACUUUAUUGUAAAAUCAAGUAUCGAGAUCUUAAUAUCAUGUAUACUGCUUUUAUGCAUCUUAUACUCUACACCCUUUCCUUGAUAAUUAUGGUCUUUGUAUUAUUGUACAGAUUGUAAGGCAUAUGUUAGAAGCAAAACUAUUUAUUCGUAAAGCAUAUGUCGUGUACACCCCACACGUCCUAAAUGAAAAGUAUCCAAAAAUCAAACUGACACGGAAUGUGUUAAACAUUUAAAAAAAUACUUUUAUUCGCCGAACAUUCAGGAUUUAUGAUUCAUUCAUUACAAUACAAUAUAUUAUUACUAAUAUUUGUGGGGAGAAAAAAGAAAAAAAUAUUUGUAGAAUUAGCUAUAAUAAUCGUGUGAAAAGAAAUUCCUAUAAUUUGGCGCGAAAUUCAAAUUUGUUCGCGAGAGCAAUUAUAAAGAUAGGGUGUAUACUUUCGAGUCAAAUAUAUUAAAAUUUACUAUAGUUUCUUUCCGUGUCCUUGGAAUAUCCUUUUAAAGUAACAAUCGCAUAUUUAGUUAGUCUGCAUUGAUUAAAUAGAGAAAUGGCGACAACGGAAAUGGUGUCAUCCAAUAUAAGCUAACCGAGCAAACCAAAUAAAUAAUACCGGAAGGGCGCGAGAACGCGUUUGAAAAAUUUGUAUGCCAGGUUCGAAGACGAAGUUGUCAGUUUGGAAGCACCGUUGGGUGCUUCUUAUUUUGUCAGAGACAACAGUGUGUCAAGUGUCGUAGAAGAAAUAUAUAGAGAAAGGGGAAUGACUUCUCUUUUUCGCUCUGUGGGGUGGUUCCGUGAGUAAAAGAAGAAACGUGAUAAAUACGGAAAGAACUUGAAUACUUUACUCAAAAGAGAAGCUUCCUUAAAAGUGAAAAUAUGGGCAAUCUUUUUCAGAAGAGUGGUAACGACACAACCAAUAGCACUUUCUCCAAGGCAGUAGUCGAACACGAGGUAAAGGUGCGUUUCGCGCGUGAAUUUGCGGACGCAGAUUUGGUGACGUACUCAACACCCGAGAGCUUCUCUUCAGAGAGCAGCUAUUACAGCAUCGGUAGUACGCAGAGUAUUAAAAACAGCGGUAUCAGUUCCGAUACCGAUGACCUCAACAAUUCUCAACCAUUCAAGGUCGCAGACUCUUCCUACGUGGAUAGUAAUAUACCAGGUGUUAAUGAAUUAAUUCGUGGUUGUGCUGAUAUUCGAAUUGAUUCUAAUGUAGAGGAAGUCACCUUGUCAAAUUCUAUUUAUGAAUCUCCUGAUAACACUUUGAUUCAAACCUUCAAUUCGGCCAUUGAUGAUACCAAUGUUAUCCUUGACAAUAAGUCACCCGUCAAGUAUAACUUAAAUGAGACAUCUGCAUUCGAAAACGGUUUAGCAACACCGUUGAAUGUCACGCAUUCCCUUAUAAAUUCUUCUCAGACUCAAGAAGAAUUACAGGAAAAUUUUACUUGUGACAAUAUACCUCAAGAAUCUUUGAACUUAGAAGUGAAUGUAUCUACGGAUGAAGGUAUUGCUAGCAACGAACAAAGAAGUGAACAGGAUUUGAAAGAAUCCGAAGUUGAAAGUGUAAAACUUGCUUUAGAAACAUCUACACCAAGAUCAGUUUCUCCUGUUGAUUAUAACGAAGCUGAGAGUGACAGAAAAGAAGAUAUAUAUAGUGAUACAAAUGUUAAGGAAACAGAUACAUGUAAUGUAGAUGAGAAAGAAGCUGAUGUAGAUAAUAUAGGUAAAACAGAUACAAAUAAUACUUGUACUAUCCAAGCAAUUGCAGAUAUUGUAAGUGAAAAUAUAAAUACUAGCAAUACAGAUGAAAAUAAACCAGAUAUAAAUAAUUUAAAUAACAAUGUAGCAGAUAUUAAUAACAUCAAUAAAAAUAAAACUGAUAUAAAAAAUAAUAUAGAUGAAUAUAAUAUUGAUACGACAAUUAACACAGAUGAACAUAAAAUUGACAGGAGAAUUAAUAUAAAUGAACAUAAAAUUGAUACAACAAUUAAUAUAAAUGAACACAAAACUGAUCCAACAAUUAAUAUAGAUGAAUAUAUUAAAACUGAUACAGCAUUUACUAUAAAUGAAAAUAAAACAGAUACAAAUAAUAUAGAUGAACAUAAAAUUGAUACAACAUUUUAUGUAGAUGAAAAUAAAGCAGAUAAAAAUAAUUUAAAUAAAAAUAGAAUAGAUACAAAUAAUAUAGAUGGAAAUAAAAUAAAUAAAGAAGAUAUAGUUGAAAAGAAAACUGAUGAGGAUAAUAUAGAUAAUAAAAAACAAAGUACAAGUAAUAUAGGCACAGAUGAGGUAUUGGAUGAGACGCUCACUUUAUCAGAUGAUAUUUACUUAAAUCUUGAUUCUUUAAACGAAGUUGAGCAAUACGAAGAAUUUAAGCCACAAAGACAGAGUACUACAUUGUCUAAUGAUGAUACUACUUGUUCUUUAAAAAAAUUAGAAUUAGUGGCAGGAGAAGUUGCAGAUGAUAUUUUCAUAUCUCCUUUAGAAUUGGAAGAUGAUGUUUUUAUUAAUCCUGUGUUAGAAAUAUUCCAAGAUCCAACAUCUUUUGAUUUUCUUUCCGCAAGAGGGAAUUCCGAAAGCGCAACUCGCCUUAGGAAUGAAUCCUUGUAUAUCAAAUUUGAUCCUCUGUUAGCCAAUGUCAGUAUGUUACCUCAAGGAAACAGUCAAGUUUUUAGUACCUCUCCCAGUGGUACGAUUCACAAAUUAGAAGAAAUUCAAAACAAAAAUGAUGAACCUAUACAAGUAACUAAAUCUGAUACAAAGGAAGUCGAUGAUAUAGAUGGAACAGAGAAAUUAGAGUUACUACGUGCGUCUGUGUUGCAAUUGGAAAAAGAAUUGGAAAAACAAAAAAAAGAAUAUGAAUCAAAAGUGGAAAAACAAAAAACAGCUUCUCAAGAAAAAAUAACAAAAUUGCAAGCGCAACUAAAUCAAGAAAUUGAGAAUAAAAAUCAAUUAACAGUUGUCGUAGAUGAAUAUGAAAAAUCGAUAAGUCGAUUACUUACUGAAAAAGAAAGGGAUCGUGCUAAUUUUGAGCAAGAAAAAUCUAAAGUACAAGAAGAACUUCAAGCUACAAAUCUCCAUCUUAGCAAUACGGAAGCUGCAUUUAAUGAUGUUCAUUUAAAAUACGAAAGGCUCAAAGGAGUCGUUUCCGCCUAUAAAAAUAACGAAGGAGUUUUAAAAGAAAGUAUCCAAGAAAAUUUGGAAACAAUAAAGUCUUUAGAAAAUCGUUAUGAUCAAUUAAAAACUCAUGCCAUGUCGCAAUUAAGAAAGGCCAACCUGGAAUUAGUGGACAUACGAAAACAACACGAAGCCGAAACGGUAAAGUUACAUGCGAUGGUGAGGAAAGCAGAAUUGAAAAGUAAUUCGCUCGCUGAAAUAGUAGAGCAAAAAACAAAGGAGAACAAAGAACUUACACAAAUAUUAGAUGAACUGAUUGCUAGGGUCGGUCGGCAAAAUGCAGAAUAAGGAGAACUAAAAGAGUUUUAUAGAAUUAAUUUAAUAUCUCCUGAAUCCCUAUUGCAAUUAGUCUGUAUUAGUCUUUAUUUCUUCCCUCUUUAUUAGUCUUUAUUUUUUUACUCGCCUUAAUUAUAUUAAAUAUAUAUAUAUAAAAAUCUUA